CCGUUGCGUGCUCGAUGUGUAUAGUGAUCAACCGCGUAGAUCUACUGCCGUAACGGACUUGUCGCACGUGGACCUGUAUAUAGUGAUUGCUCGCUGCCGGUUUAUUAUUAUUAUUAUUAUUGUUAUUAUACAAUAUAGUUAUUUGUUUUUUUGCUUUUUUGGUUUUUGCUUUUUUAACUUCCGAAAUCUAUUGCAUAGCACCGGUCAUCAGCUUCAUCGCAGAUUACCACAUGUGCUACGAAUUACUUACAGCAGUAUUUGAAGUGUAAUGGGUGCGUGUGUCUUCAGAGAUGCACAAAUGGCUGCAAUUGCCGGCCAAUCCGACAGACGAUCCGCUGGCCACUGUUUAUCCAAUUAACCACUACAAGAAGUCACAUGUCUAUGCCGUUACUAGAAUAAAUCCUAUUUAUGUGGAUGAUGAGCACGUGCACCACAACAACAAUGAGACGUGGAAGAACAAGAGUGGUAGUUCCGGGUACGACAGCCAACCGCACUCGGACCACUCGAGCUUGGACAAUAAGGGUUCUCCGCCGGCCACGAAGAGUUUGAGGAACGGUACGACGCCACCGUCAUCGGACGGAUCAUCGGGUAGUCCGGUGCAAAGGACGUCGGCGCCAUGGCUGUUGUCGCCCAUCAAGGAGGGUGUCAUCGACGUGCAUCAGUACUGCAUACCGCGGCCGGUGUGGCCGGGUCACGUCGAGGGCCGCGUGCACAGGUACCCCGCAGACUCGGACCGCAUACCACGGGUGAAGAGCUGCAGGCACUGUGCUCGAUGCCGGUGCCGUAGCAAUAGCACCAGCAGUAGUAGCACCAGUAGCACCAACAGCGGCUGCGGCAAGAUUGUAGGUGUUGGUGUUGGUAGUGGCGGCGACAGCUUUUCCGGGUACUCUUCUGCGUUUGGCGGAGGCACCGUCAGCACCGGCAGCACUAGCACCACCUCCAGUGCCGGCGGCGAUGCGGGAUUGUGUUCAGAUGACGUCAACCCGUCGCCCGCCGGCAACGGUCCGGUCGUUUCCAAUCAGUCACCAUUGGCGUUGGACCCGCGUUUCGGCGACGGCGUUGGCGUCAACAAAGCUCUGGUGGACAACUGGAAUUCUGUCGACCUGAUGCUCAACCAAAAGACUGAUAACCUACACUACGAUUGCGGCGCCAUGUUACGCGGACUGCAAUUCACGUUGGACACGCAACAAGCCGAAAAGCUGAUGCAGAAGAUUAAAGUGGGGAAGAAGCAUAGGUGUUGGUGUCGCUUCGUCACUGCGUGCGUGGGCCUGAUCAUGUUCCUCGUGUCCGUGGUCACCGUGAGCCUCACGCUUACCAGGGGACAAAAAAUGUUCGGCUCUCUCUGACGAUAUCGCGUUCAGCUCUCGUCUCUCAAAUAACGGAAUAACAAUAAUAAUAUUACUUAUGAUACACGUAUUGAUUAUUAUUAUUGUUAUUGCAUCGUCAAAUUUAAAAUUAUUAUUAUUAUUUAUUAAUACAUUAUCAUUGUUAAUAAAUUCGCAUUGUACGUAGGUACCACGAUGUAGAUAAAAUCUACAAAACCACGCAAUACGCAUGUACCUACGUACAUAUUUAAAUCAUAUUAAUAUAUUAUUGUAAUAACUAAUAACAUUUAUGUCAUUCCACAAACGUCCUGUGAAAAUAACAUGGUUAUCAGUUGUAACUUGUAGUUAUAAUGUACCCAUAAAAUCUAUAUUAUAUUAUUUAUAUAUUAUACUCGUAGUUCGUACAUAUAAUCAUAUCACAGCAUCUCCUUUAUUAUAAAUAAAUCCAAAAAAUAUAUUUAGUAUUUUAGUUAAAAAAUAUAUCAUCUCCUAUUGUUUAAAUACCUAAGUUAUAAUGGAUCAUCAGUUAAAAUUACCGAUUACUGAUGUGUUCAUUUUUAAAUAUUUAUUUUGUCUUGACAUUUUAUAAUAUUUGCAUGUAGAACCUAUUUUUAAUUUUGUAAAUUUUCAAA